AUGAUAAUGACGCAUGAUCCUAUUUUGGAGGAUAUAAAUGAGCUAAUGUUAAAGAUACAAAUAUGCCAGGAUUGUGAUGAAGAUGAUAUGAAAGAGCGGAUCACUUGUAACAGUAAUGAUCAAGGCUUUCAGAUUAUGUCGGAUGACGAAAUCGUAGAAAACAUAUUGCAGAUAAAUGAACAGCAGGAAAUGCAAGAAGAUGAAACAGAAGAAAAUAUAGACAUGGAAAAUGAUGCAGGACCAUCUCAUGAUGAAGCACUUCAGGCCCUGGAAAUGGCUCUCAAGUGA